AUGGCGUCCAUCUUACUGAGGAGCUGCCGCGGCUGGGGGCCCGCCCGCCUCCCGUCGCCUUGUGCCGCCGCGCCCAGGGGCAGUCUGGGGAACCGUGCGUGUCUCAGCUGUACCAACACUGUGGGACUGAUAAACCGUGUGCAUGUGACGUGUGGGUGCUGCCCUGUCCACCCUGUGUACGUCUCUCUCAAGGGCGAUCAUUUCAGCCGCUGGACUCUGAGGCCAGAGUGCACACGCACAGGGCCAGGGGCGCCAUGGACCCCCAUUUCAGUGGGUUUGGUUGUCAUGAGACCCUGGUCUCUUCCUGUACGCUGCUGGCACUCGUCACAGCCCUUGUGGGAUGACUCCCUGGUCGAGAAGUCCCUCAAAUCCUUGAAGGACAAGAACAAGAAGUUGGAGGAAGGCGGCCCAGUGUACAGUCCCCCUGUGGAGGUGGCCGUGAAGAAGUCCAUUGGGCAGAGGGUGCUGGACGAGCUAAAGCACUACUACCACGGCUUCCGCCUGCUCUGGAUCGACACCAAGAUCGCUGCACGCAUGCUGUGGCGGAUCCUAAACGGUCACACCCUGACGCGCCGGGAGAGGAGGCAGUUUCUCCGGAUUUGUGCUGACCUCUUCCGCCUGGUCCCAUUCCUUGUCUUCGUGGUGGUGCCUUUCAUGGAGUUCCUGCUUCCUGUGGCUGUGAAGCUGUUUCCCAACAUGCUGCCGUCCACGUUUGAGACCCAGUCUGUCAAGGAGGAGAAGAUGAAGAAGGAGCUUCGGGUCAAGCUGGAGCUGGCCAAGUUCCUCCAGGACACAAUUGAGGAGAUCGCCCUGAAGAACAAAGCAGCCAAAGGGAGCGCCACCAAAGACUUCUCGGCAUUCUUCCAGAAGAUCCGAGAGACUGGAGAGAGACCCAGCAAUGAGGAAAUCUUGCGUUUCUCUAAAUUAUUUGAAGAUGAACUGACCCUGGACAACCUCACGCGGCCACAGCUGGUGGCGCUGUGCAAACUGCUGGAAUUGCAGUCCAUCGGCACCAACAACUUCCUGCGCUUCCAGCUUACCAUGAGACUGCGCUCCAUCAAGGCUGACGACAAGCUGAUCUCGGAGGAAGGGGUGGACAGCCUCAAUGUCAAGGAGUUGCAGGCGGCGUGUCGGGCGAGAGGCAUGCGGGCCCUUGGCGUCACCGAGGACCGACUCAAGGGUCAGCUAAAGCAGUGGCUGGACCUGCACCUGAACCAGGAGAUCCCCACGUCACUGCUGAUCCUGUCACGGGCCAUGUACCUCCCAGACACCCUCUCACCUGCCGACCAGCUCAAAUCUACGCUGCAGACCCUGCCGGAGAUUGUGGCGAAGGAGGCUCAGGUGAAGGCGGCUGAGGUGGAGGGCGAGAAGGUGGACAACAAGGCGAAGCUGGAGGCCACGCUGCAGGAGGAGGAGGCCAUCCAGCGUGAGCAGAAGGAGAAGGAGUUGCAGAAGUUCACUGAGGUGGCGAAGGAAGUGGAGCCUGAGGUGGUGGCGGAUGUGCCCCCUGGGAGGCCUGUGGUGGAGCCCCGGCCUGAAGUGCCUGAGGUGAUCUUACCUGAUGAGGUGCUAAAGGACACUGCCCCCGUCCUGGAAGGCGUGAAGGGGGAGGAGAUCACGAAGGAAGAAAUCGACAUCCUCAGCGACGCCUGCUCGAAGCUGCAGGAGCAGAAGAAGUCCCUGACCAAGGAGAAGGAGGAGCUGGAGGUGCUGAAGGAGGACGUGCAGGACUACAGCCAGGAUUUGCAAGAGAUCAAGAAAGAACUCUCAAAGACGGGCGAAGAGAAGUUAGUGGAGGAAUCUAAAGCCAGCAAGAGACUGACCAAGCGGGUUCAGCAGAUGAUCGGGCAGAUCGAUGAGAUGAUCACUCAGCUGGAGACGGAGCAGGAGGCCGGCAAGCUACCAUCCAGCCAGGCCUCGCCCACGGGGGAGGACUUCAUCAGUGUCACCGAGCUCAUCAGUGCCAUGAAACAAGUGAAGCACAUUCCUGAGAGCAAGCUGCUAAGCCUGGCCUCCGCACUGGAUGAGAACAAAGACGGCAGGAUCGACAUCAACGACCUCACCAAGAUGCUCGAGCUGAUUGACAAGGAGGACGUCCACAUCUCCACCAGCCAGGUGGCUGAGAUCAUGACGAUGCUGGAGAAGGAGGAGAAGGUGGAAGAGAAGGAGAAGGCCAAGGAGAAGGCUGAGAAGGGAGCCGCCGAGGUGAAGAACUAG